UGGGAAUGAUCGCAAUGAGAAGAAUAUUUUUCUUUUAAAUAUAGGGCAAAUUAUGCAUAUUUGUUUUAGCUGAAGGAGGUUAGAGGCAAUCUGUCAAAACGAUCCUGGAUUAUUACAAAAAGCAAAAAUUACAUACAAUUUGCCAGAGCUCACCUCCUGACGCAUACACAGCCGAGUGGGAAUCAAAAACCGCAGAUCAAAUAACUUUAUUUAGAAAUGUAUUUAAAUAUCAGUGACAGUAAAAGAGGCGUCGGUCGAGCAUGCCGGUUGAGAUAUGGUCAUGUCACGACAGUGCACUGUUUGAGAUUGACUGUGUACAAACCACUCCUGCACGGCGUCCCUAUUGCCUCAUCAACUCGCAAAUGGGGCGCACCCAGUUCCAGCACUUACCGCAUGCGUGUUGCAUGCCGCCUGCAGUUCAAGUUGUUUAGCACGCGUGAAGUAUAUUUGAGAAAAGCUUUUUUAUUAAGGGGCAAAAUUUAUUGUAAAGAGCAACGAACGUUAUUCAUCAGUAUGGGAGGACAAGCUAAGAACAAGAAGAAAAAUAAACCCAAGAGGAAGGACAACCGUCAAAACAGGGAUGGAGGAUUUGUUGAUUUGUCACCUCAAGAAAGGAUGAAAGUAAGAAUGCAUGAGAAAGCCAAGAAGAAGACAGCUGAAAAGUACUCAGUACAGCAACUACUAGAAAAGACUCAGGAGUACAUGGACAGUUUUGACUUUGAGAUGGCUGGCCUUUUCUGUCAGAGAGCUUUGGAUGUGGACUCCAACAACCUACAAGCUCUUGACAUGCUGGGACACAUUUGCUCUGAAUUAGGAGACAUGCAGAAAGCUAAAUCAGUGUUUCUCCGUGCAAUAGAUCUGAGCCCGGAUGUUGGUCAUAGCAAAUACAUGUAUCUGGGACAAAUUCACACCGGCCAGGAGGCUGUGGACUACUACACAAAGGGAAUACAAGUUCUUCUAUCGGUUCUAGAUAAGCAGGAAACAGAGGCUGGAGCCUCUGGAACAACGGAUGAGAGCGACGAGAUCCCUUCAAGGAAGGAUGUCAGCGUGGCCUACUGCUCCCUGGCUGAGAUCUACUUAACAGACCUCUGCAUGGAGGAGGGAGCUGCAGACAAGUGCCGAGGGUUCAUUGAAAAAGCUUUACAGUAUCACCAUGACAACCCGGAGGCUCUCCAGCUUAUGGCCAGUUACCUGUUUAGUACAGAGAGAAACCAGGAAGGGAAGGAAUACCUGUUGAAAAGUGUUGGCAUGUGGUUACCUGCGCAGAAGCAAAGUGCAGCUUCCUCCACGACAGAAGAAGAAACACAGAAUGAAAUCCCUCCGUACGAGUCUCGCAUCACCACAGCCAAACUGCUUAUCGAGUCAGAGGAGUAUGAGAUGGCAGUAGAUGUAUUGGAGGGUCUUCUGGAAGAAGAUGAUGAAGUUGUUCAGGUUUGGUAUCUGUCCGGCUGGGUGUGCUACCUCCAGUGGGAAAAAGCAAAACAACACCAAGAAAGAGAAGGAAGUGAGGCAAUGGAGGAGAAUGAGGAGUUGAAGGCUUUACAGGAAGCUGCAAGGUCAUACCUGACUAAUGCUAAAAAGCUGUACAGUAAGCUGCGAUGCGACGACCAGCCGAUGCUGGAGCAUGCAGAACAGCUGCUGGGCGAACUGGGAGGAGAAAUCGAGGAAGAAGACGAAGAUCCAACCGUGGACGACGACUACGAACCUUGCAGUGACGAUGAAGAGAAAGCAGAGGCCCCCAUGGAGCACUGACUGCACCCCAUCGUGUUUUCCUGGAGUUUUUGUGCCCUCUCCAACGUGCCUUUUUGUACUGGCUUUUCAAAGAUUAAAUUGAUUUGCACAAACA